AUGGCAGCAACUCCCGCAGCGAUUGGUGGUGGAGGAGGUGGUGCAGGUGUGUCUCCAGGGAUCCAUCCGUUGCAGUUCAACUGGGUCUUUUGGUUCAUGCAUCGUGCACCUGGCAGCAAGAUUCUGAACUAUGAGAGUUCGAUGAAGAGGAUUGCAGGUUUUGGUUCGGUCGAGGCUUUUUGGGGCAUAUAUUCACAUCUUCGUCGACCACAUGAGCUGCCACAUGUGAGCGACUAUCAUUUGUUCAAGAAGGGCGUGCGGCCAGUGUGGGAGGACCCGGUUAACAUCAACGGUGGUAAAUGGAUCGUGAGGCUCAAGAAGGGCUUGGCCAGCCGUUAUUGGGAGAAUUUGGUCAUGGCGGUCAUUGGCGAUCAGUUCGAUGUGGGGGAGGAGAUUUGUGGUAUUGUCCUGUCGAUUCGAGGUGCUGAGGAUAUUUUGUCGAUAUGGAAUCAGUCGGCAGACGAGGGCCGCAUCAACCUGAAGAUUAGGGACACGAUGAAGAGAGUACUGAACCUACCUGCGGAUACUAUCAUGGAGUACAAGAGCCAUAAUGAUGCAUUGAAAGAUAACACUAGCUUCAGGAACACGGAUGUGUUCAGGUGA